CGCAUCACAGCCCUAUCCGUCUGCGGAGCGGACUAACUGGAAGCCGGGCGCUGCCUCGGGAGGCGGACGAUGCGGGCAGGUGCUGCGGGCUGCGCCAUGGACCGGCCGCGCCUGCUGCCGCCGCUGCUGCUGCUGCUUCUCCUGGGGGUGUCCUUCGGAGGUGCCAAGGAGGCAUGCGUCACAGACCUGUACACUCACAGCGGGGAGUGCUGCAAAGCCUGCAACCUAGGAGAGGGCGUGGCCCAGCCUUGUGGAGCCAACCAGACAGUGUGUGAGCCCUGCCUGGACAGCGUGACGUUCUCAGACGUGGUGAGCGCCACUGAGCCGUGUAAGCCGUGUACCGAGUGCGUGGGCCUGCAGAGCAUGUCAGCGCCCUGCGUGGAGGCUGACGACGCUGUGUGCCGCUGCGCUUAUGGCUACUACCAGGACGAGACGACGGGCCGCUGCGAGGCGUGCCGCGUGUGCGAGGCGGGCUCGGGCCUCGUGUUCUCAUGCCAGGACAAGCAGAACACCGUGUGCGAGGAGUGUCCCGAUGGCACGUAUUCCGACGAGGCCAACCACGUGGACCCGUGCCUGCCGUGCACCGUGUGCGAGGACACCGAGCGCCAGGUGCGCGAGUGCACGCGCUGGGCCGACGCCGAGUGCGAGGAGAUCCCUGGCCGCUGGAUCACGCGGUCCACUCCCCCUGAGGGCUCAGACAGCACGUCCCCCAGCACCCAGGAGCCCGAGGCGCCUCCAGAGCAAGACCUUGUGGCUAGCACCAUGGCCGAUGUGGCGACUACAGUGAUGGGUAGCUCCCAGCCCGUGGUGACCCGAGGCUCCACGGACAACCUCAUCCCCGUCUACUGCUCCAUCCUGGCCGCCGUGGUUGUGGGGCUCGUGGCCUACAUCGCCUUCAAGAGGUGGAACAGCUGCAAGCAGAACAAGCAAGGAGCCAACAGCCGGACCGUGAACCAGACCCCCCCACCCGAAGGAGAAAAACUCCACAGCGACAGUGGCAUCUCUGUGGACAGCCAGAGCCUACAUGACCAGCAACCCCACACACAGACGGCCGCGGGCCAGGCCCUCAAGGGGGACGGAGGCCUCUACAGCAGCCUGCCACCGGCCAAGCGGGAGGAGGUGGAGAAGCUGCUCAACGGCUCUGCGGGGGACACCUGGCGGCACCUGGCAGACGAGCUGGGCUACCAGCCUGAGCACAUAGACUCCUUCACCCACGAGGCCUGCCCGGUCCGGGCCCUGCUCGCCAGCUGGGCCGCCCAGGACAGCGCUACGCUCGACGCCCUCCUGGCUGCCCUGCGCCGCAUCCAGCGAGCCGACAUUGUCGAGAGCCUUUGCAGCGAGUCCACUGCCACGUCCCCUGUGUGAGCGGACCCCGGAGCCCCUGCCCUGCCCCGACUCCAGUGACUGAUGCUCCAGCCAAUCCCCAUGGGCCAGCAUCAGAGCUGAGCUCUCUGGGGCAGGGCCGAGGCGCCCGGGCCCCUAAACCACAGCCCUGUCGUUGCCCCUUGUGGCCCCAUCGCUUCUGACCACACUCCCUCUCCAGCACCGGAAGUGCCCCUGCUGCCUCUCCCACUGUGUCCCCCCUGCCCCCUCACCAUCCUGGCCUUCUGCUCCUCCUCCCCACACUUCUAGAUGGGCCAGCACCUCCCACCGCAGCAGGUGCCAUACCUGGAGGGCUGACACCGGGAUCGUGUUGGGGGUGAUGAUAAGGCCCCAGAGACUCAGAGAGAGAGACUGAGGAACCAGAGCCAUGGACUCUACACUGUGAACUUGGGGAAUGAGGGAGCAUCAUCGUGGCCUAAACCCUCCUUCAGCCCCCACCACGUCUCCCCUCUGGCCUAAGAUGAAGAGAAUCAUAUGCUUGUCAGAGCCGGCAGGGAGUUGGUUUGAAGUCUAGUCCACCCUCCUUGUUUUACAUACAGGACACUGAGGCCCAGGGAGAGGCAGUGACUGGCCCAAAGCCACUCACUGAUCGGGCGGCCAAAUGUGGGCUGGCCUUCUCCUCUCUGAACGAGGGGCACAGGCCUCAGGUUUUCUUAAGAGCUGGGAGAGAUGAGCCAGGUGACCCUCUGGGAAAUGUCUUGCAGCCAAAUCCGGUCCACCCUCCCCCACCUCCAGGCCUGUUCAACCCCCAUGGAGAUGGGAUGCUUUUCCCAAAGCCUGGUCCAUUGAUCCCUCAUGACCCGGGUCAGGUUUGGGGGUUUGUGGAAAGGGGUGCUGCUUCCUUCUUCCUGUCCCCCCUCAGGUGUGUCAGUGUGGCAUCUGUGAUGUGGCCCAGUCUGUAGGUGCCCUCCGUCCCUGCCCUGUGUUGGCAACAACCCAGCGCCAACACAGGCGGUACUGGGGGUCAGGGGCUAAGGACCCCCCGCCCGCAACACAGAUACACACACAUCCACACACACACAGGAUGAGAAAUCUUUUCUCCACAAGUUCCUUCUCUUGGGCUGGGACCGGAUCCUGCCCGGGGCGGCUGCCAGACAAGCAUCACAGGGAAUUGAACUCUGCUUGCUGUCUUCCCUCGCCCCCGGGUCUGGCAGGCCAAGGACGGCUGAGGCUUGGGCUGGCGCCGGUCUUCCAAGGGCCUGCGCAUGGAGGAAUGUUCCCCACAUCCCCGCCUUCCCUGAAGCCACGGGUUCGGCUGGGCCCCGAAGGUUGCAAUGAAGAAAAGUGGACCAGUGUGGGAAAGGAGCAAGGAAGAAUUGAGUUAAACUGUAGCCAGCCCCUAGAUGGUUUGUCCCAAGUUUAGAGGACCCUACAAAGGACAGUUUUUCCCUAGCUUGGGGCCAGGAAGGGGCCUGGAGGUCCCUCCCGGACUGUUCUGUUUUGCUUGAUGUUGGAAUGAGUGGCUCCCCUGUCUAUUUAGCAUGAACGAGCCCAGAGCAGGGUGUGCACUGACAGCCACCCCCUCCCCCGCCCAGGGUUCUCCCAGCCCCCUGUAAGGGACUGGGAGCGUUGUAUGUAGAUGGCAUUUCUUUUACUUCAGUCUGUGAUGGGAGGAGGAAACUCACCUGCUGUCCCCUCACUUGUGCACCUGGGAGUGGGACAGAGUCUGAGUGUAUUUAUUUUCCUCCCCAGCAGUCAGGGAGGGGGGUUGGGGGUGGCAAGUAUGUUUUAGCAUGUGUUUGGUUCUGGGGCCCCUCCUGCCUCCCUUUGGGCCGAGAUGGAACCCUUUUGGCCUCCUAGCAGGGGGCUGCGAGCUCCAGACUCCCUGACACCUUCCCCUUGCAUCCUGUGUAAUCAUUUCUUGGGCCCUCCUGAAACUUACACAUAA